AUGUUAUCACCUUUCAACAACUUUGUUCUUGAUAAACAAGAGUGGUAUAUUAUCAGAAUUGAGGUUCUAGAAGGUAAGUUGGUUGCAGCCAAAGAUUCAAACCGGGAGAUAGAGUUAAUGAAAGUUGGUAGAGAUCUGGUAGAUCUACAUGAGGAGAUAGUUCUCUUGUUAAAUUACAGUGCUCUUAAUUACACAGGAUUGGUGAAGAUAUUAAAGAAACACGACAAACUAAGUGGUAAACUAAGUGGUGCACUCGUUCGCUUGCCUUUCAUCCAAAAAGUUCUAAACGAGUCGUUUUACAAAACCGACGUGCUAAACAAUCUUGUGAAGAAAUGUGAGACGAUGCUUGGACAACUUUUCUCGAUGAAUGAACAACAAUCAUCCUCAUUUGAAUCAACAAGAAGAAUAGAAGAUGAUGAACCCAAAGAGAAGUCUUUCAUUGAAGUUCCUAAAGAACUAAUCGACAUCAAGAACAUGGAGAACACGUACAUGAAACUCACGCUUUCGGCAUUAGAAAUAUUGAAGGAGAUUCGAAGCGGGAGUUCGGUUCAACAAUGUGUAAAGAUGGAGGAAGUGUGA